AUGAGGAACCUGUCGGAUGUUUUUGCAGAGGCAAUAUCUACCCGUCAGGUCCUUUCAUUGUACCAGGGCCUGGGAACCAAGAACUUGCAAUCUUUCAUUGCUCAGUUUGUCUACUUCUAUGGGUAUAGCUACUUCAAAAGGUUGUAUCUGGAAAGGACUGGUUUCAAAUCCAUUGGAACAAGAGCUAACUUGAUUCUUGCUGCUGCUGCUGGGGCAUGUACUGCCAUUGUGACUCAGGUAGUUUUUUUUUAUCAUUCUGCAAUCUCCAGCUUGAAAUUGUUUUAA